AUGGACGGCCUCUCGCAGCCCCUGGUGUACACGCAGGCGCAGUCGGCCGAGCCCGCGCAGCCCUCCCAGCCCGCGCCGGCUCCUCAACCCGCACCGCCUUCCUCCGCCGAGUUGUCUCUCGUCGCGGCGGCUCCAGUCGAGCCGGUGCACGUCACCGCCGCUGUCGUGCCUGUUCCGCCCUCGGUGCCGCCGCCACCCGUCGUCAGCUCAUCGUCGGCACCUCAGCAACCCGGCCAGUCGCUCCUCCACCCCUUCCCCGAGCAAGACCCGUCCGCCCUCCCCCUCACCGGCUUCGCGAGCGUGCCUGCACGCGCCGCCGUCCUCCCCAACGCCCAGCCCUACACGCGCCCAACCCCAUACGAGCCGCCCGCCGUCGAGCUCGGCGCCGGCCUGAGCCGCGACCCGCCAACACGACGCUUCAUCAGCGACGCCGAGAUCAAGGCGAGCCAGACCAACGGCAUGAACGACCUCGUGCGCACGCCGGGCGUCGUGCACGACGACGAGGUGCAGAGCCUGAGCGUCGAGCAGCUCAAGAAGAUGGGCCUCGGGAGGGUUCCUUCAGGGUUCUGCUUCUCGGCGCGCAUGACGCUGCACGCGCCACUGCCGAGGACCGUCAACGAGAACGAUCCGCAUCCCGAACAGCCGGCGCGCAUCACGGGCAUCUACAACAAGCUCCUGAACGGCGGUCUCGUCGCGAGGAUGGUGCGCGUGCCUGUGCGCGAGGUCCUGCGCGAGGAGGUCAUGCUCGUGCACUCGGAGGGUCACUGGGAUCGUGUCCGAGCAACUGGCUUCCAGACGAUCGACUACCUCGAGACGUGCAAGGAGUUCUUCGAGCGUCUCUCGCUCUACGUCAACCCGGACUCGGCGUUCUGCGCUCGCCUGUCGUGCGGCGGCGUGAUCGAGAUGGCGAGGGCGGUCGCCGAGGGCCAGAUCCGGAACGGGUUCGCCAUCGUGCGCCCGCCAGGCCACCACGCCGAGCCCGAGGAGGCCAUGGGCUUCUGCUUCUUCAACAACGUCGCCAUUACGGCGAGGUGGCUGCGCACGGUGUACGGCUCGGGCACGCAGAAGGACGUCAACGGGCGCGAUAUCAAGAUGAACCGCGUCCUCAUCCUCGACUGGGACGUCCACCACGGCAACGGCACGCAGAGGGCGUUCGAGGACGACGCCGACAUCCUGUUCAUCUCGCUGCACCGGCACGGCAACGGCUUCUACCCCGGUGGCGACUACGGCGCGCUCGAGUCAACGGGCUCGGGCGCUGGACGCGGCUUCUCGGUCAACAUCCCGUUCCUGAACGAGGGCAUGAGCGACGCCGACUACCUGUACGCCUUCCAGCGCAUCGUCAUGCCGAUCGCCUUCGAGUUCGCGCCCGACUUUGUCCUCGUCUCGGCCGGCUUCGACGCCGCCAAAGGCGACGAGCUCGGCAAGAUGCUCGUCUCGCCCGACGGCUACGCCCACAUGACGCACAUGCUGUCGUCGCUCGCCGGCGGCAAGGUGCUCGUCGCGCUCGAGGGCGGGUACAACGUCAACGCGAUCGCCGAGUCGGCGCACGCCUGCGUCCAGACGCUCGUCGGCGACGAGCUCCCCGUCAUGCCGAGCCUGGGCAGUGCCUCGCUCGCGGCGACCAACACGGUGUACGAGGUGCAGAGGAUGCAGGCCAACCACUGGCGAUGCAUGGGCGAGGCGGUCGAGGGACAAGACGAGCUCACGAAGGCGGGCAAGAUCGAGUCGCUGGCCGACAUCUUGAAGGCGCACCGCCUGUACGACCUCUUCCACGAGUACGAGCUCUUCAACGUCGCGUUCAGCUCGGCGUCGCUCGAGGAGGCGUACCACGACCAGCUCCUCAUCUCGGAGAACAUCUACGACGCAGAAGUGCUCCUCGUCUUCAUGCACGACCUCGGCUCGAUGAAGGCGGCGUACACGGCGGCAACGCUCGACACGGACCUCGAGCGGACACAGCUCCUCGACACGAGUCGCGAGGUGCUCGACUGGGCGCUCGUCGACCACGGCUUCGGCGUCAUCGACGUCAACCUGCUCGCCCACCUCGCGACGGUCAAAGGUCAACCUGCCGACGUCAACCGCAACAAGGCGCGGGAGAAGGAACUCGCUCUCUACAUCUGGGACAACUUUGUCUCGCUCUCGAGCGCGCAGCACGUCAUCCUGUUCGGCAGCGGCGCGGGCUGCAGCGCCCUCAUGGAGAUGGUCCGCCACCGAGGUCACGCCCUCAAGGAGCGCGUGCGUGCCUGCAUCUCGGUCCUCGGGCACGAGGAGCCGCCCAUCCUCGACGCCGCGUCGGGCGUCCGCCCGUGGUACAAGAACACCUCGCUCGUCCUUCUCCCGGCGACCCACGUGCUGCAGGAGGACGCUCGUCGGGCCGGCAAGCACCAGAAGAAGUUUGGCAACAUUCAUCGUGCCACCGCCGAGGACGAGUCUCGCCCGACGCACCUUCUGCACGCGAGCAUGCCCAAGAUCAAGGAGUUCAUCGCGUCCAAGAUCCCGCUUGAGGCGCUCCUCGCCGCAGCGCCAUCGGCUUCGAGCAGCGGCAACGGCAGUGGGAGUCGAGGAGGCGGUGCGGCAGAGGACGUCGUCAUGGGUGCGCCGGCCGGCGAGGACUCGAGGUCGAACGGGUUGGUGGUCGAUGGAGCUUCUUCAGCCGUCUCGGCGACCGCCUAGCGCGUUCAGCUCUCGAGUCUGUACUAUGUUGUCACACGCAUUUGCCUCU